AUGAAUCCUAACCAGCAAGAAAACGAAUCAGGUAUUCAAAAAAACUUUCUAUCUAAGAUAAAACAAAAUUAUUCCAAUAAGUUCUCCAAUCUUUCGUUGUCCUCAUCCAUUCAAAAUAUAUCCAUACAUUCAGACCAUGAUGGGAAUUCAGAAGAUGAUACGUUGAUCCAUAAUGCAUUUGUUAAAUAUUUUGAUGGAAAAGGUGAAUCCUAUCCCGAGUGGUUGGGUGUGAAGACUAAUCAGCCAAGCAGCAGGCCUAGCAAUAGUAAUAGUAACUACCGUUCAGAGUAUCAGCCAGUGUAUUCUAGCUACAAUAGCAGUGGGCAGGGAGCAAACCAAAAUAAGCAAAGUCAGUACUCGGGGAAUAGGACUCAGACACCAUCUUAUUUCCAACCACAACAAGCAUCACAACAGCAACAGCAACAGCAACCGGUACCGGUACCAGAAGUGGAAUCUCAACGACCAGCAUAUACGCCUAGAUCGUCGAGUCGAUUACAAGACAUGUACAACAAAUCGAGACAGCAAUCUAUACCUGGAUCUGGGUACAACACCCAAUCUUAUCCUUCUGGACCAAGUAGAACAAAUAGUUCAACAACAGGCUCGAGACUUAGGGAAAGAAUGCUUAACGCUUCUCCAAGUAUGAAUGGAUUGAAUGCUAGUGCAAAUAAUAAUUCAAAUACAGACUAUUCAGGAAAUUCUAAGGCUACAUGGGGAAGAAGGUGA